GAUGAUAAUAUUAUUCGUUUAGUUUUGUGUGUAGUGUUUUAUUCAAUCGAAAGUGCUGUGUUAUAAUAAUUACGAUAUCGGAUUAAAUAGUAGCUAUGAAUGCUAUUGAAAAAUUAAUAUUGCUCGUUAAAUCUCAAAGGACGUUUGAAAUAAAUACACCGUCAACGUCGGAGUGCACGCCGCUUCUCGGUAAUGUUUCGAAAACAAAAUCAUUAUUCGUGAUACCACAACGAUGGGUUAUGGCGAUCAUGGGAUUCCUCGCAGUCGCGAACGCGUACACGAUGCGGGUUUGCCUCAACAUUGCGAUAACACAGAUGGUGAGACGGCACGCACCUACACCGGCUUACGAGGACGGUUCCUGCCCUGGUGACCUGGAUGAAGUUAUCGCCGAUCCCACAGAAAUAAGCGGAUACAACUGGGAUGAGGAGACUCAAGGCAUUAUCCUCAGUGCCUUCUAUUACGGGUAUAUAGUAACACACUUACCUGGAGGUAUGCUCGCUGAGAGGUUCGGCGGAAAAUACUCACUCGGCUUUGGUGUUCUGAGUACAGCUGUAUUCACGUUGCUAACUCCUUGGGCAGUGAACAUGGGGGGCGCUACAGGGCUUAUUAUUUUAAGGGUUCUGGAGGGACUUGGCGAGGGUACAACAUUUCCAGCGUUAAACGCGAUGUUAGCUCGAUGGGCCCCGGUCUCUGAGAGAGGACGAAUGGGUUCAUUGGUAUUUGGAGGAGCGCAAAUCGGCAACAUUGCAGGAACAUAUUUCUCAGGAUUGGUCAUCAAAGAGACCGGCGAAUGGCAAUCAGUUUUUUAUCUUUUCGGUAGCAUUGGUAUACUCUGGUUCAUUUUAUGGGCACUAUUAUGCUAUAACGACCCAGAAUCGCACCCUUACAUUUCUGACAAAGAAAAAAAAUAUCUCGAAGAAGCUCUAGGCAGGCAUCAGAACACUCAACCUUCUGCAAUUCCUUGGAAACCCAUUUUCAUGUCCGUCCCACUCUGGGCUCUGGUUUGUGCACAGAUCGGCCACGACUACGGAUAUUUCACAAUGGUGACAGAUCUUCCAAAGUACAUGACUGGAGUAUUAAAAUUCGAUAUUCACCGGACCGGAACGCUCGCCGCUCUGCCGUACGCGGUUAUGUGGAUUAGUUCCAUUUUAUUCGGAUGGAUGUGCGACAAAAUAGUUAAACGACAAUGGCUGACUGUGACAAACGCAAGAAAGACCUUUACAACCAUAGCUUCCGUCGGUCCAGGUAUAUGCAUGAUCUUAGCCUCGUACUCUGGAUGCAAUACCGAAACUGUGGUGAUACUAUUCACGGCAUCUAUGGGUCUUAUGGGUGCCUUCUAUCCAGGAAUGAAAGUUAAUGCAUUAGACUUGAGCAGUAACUACGCGGGAACUAUCAUGGCUAUCGUUAAUGGUAUUGGAGCUAUAACUGGUAUCAUCGCGCCAUAUUUAGUGGGACUAUUAACACCUGAUAGUACUUUAACUCAGUGGCGAUUGGUAUUUUGGAUAACGCUUGCGGUCUUUAUCGUGACAAACUUGGUGUUUGUUGCUUGGGCCUCUGGGGACGAGCAGUGGUGGAACUCAUCAUCCCAAGACGCGAAAAAACAAGAAGUUGAAGCAGCAACAAACCAAUCAACAAACAGUGAAGUAAAAUUGUAAAAUAUAUAUAAUGUCGAUCCAGAUGCCAUUAUUGGAAAAACAGGGUUGACGAUUGGUCGUGAAACGAUCGAUGGUAGAGGCUAUUGAUCAUAUCGAUAUUGAAUCGAUUCAAAUGUCAAUGGAAGUACAAUCGAUUAGAUCAACUCUUCCUUUAAAAAAGUUAACGAAGAAAACUAUCUUGUCAAAAGUAUUAAAAAAAAUUGGUAGAACGUGUCGAAGAUUUCCAAACGUAGGAAAAAAAAAUGACGUGCCAAAUGAAGUACAAAACUUAAAUAAUUUUGAUAUUGGCGUUUCCUUUAUCCACAGCCUGUGCUUUGUGAUAAUAAUAGAAUAUUAGAUAUAGUUUAAUCUAUUGAUAUGAUUGGAUGUAUUGGUUAUGAGAACAUUAUAUAAUAAGUUAUUACGUUAUGUAUUAAGUUAAUAUACAACUUACAACUGAUUUCUUCAUCUAAAAAUGAUUCGAUUUCUUUUAAAGAAUUGGUGAUAUCUAUUAUCAUCCAAACCGACUUUAUUAAAUCCAUUCUUGAUCAUAAGUCAUGUUAAAUUGGAACAAUAGAUUAACCGUAGUUAUUAAGUAACGAAUUAAAGAAGUAUUGUUGGUGAUUGGAGGAUAAUUACACAAAUCUUCAUGACAAGAUCGUGACUAAACGUGCCUUGAUACAUUUAUAUGGUUAGAUGUCCAAUCAAAAACUGUAUAAAAGAUAAAUUUUAAUAUAGCGACACUGACAAUAAACAUUUACUCAUAGAAAAUAAAGCUAGAGCAUUUUUUUAAAUAAAUUUUGCCAUAUGAAAAAAAAAUCGAUAACUACACUAGUUUUUAGUCACGACGUACAAAUUUAAUUUGCAUUUCGAAGUCAAAUUAUGCUGGUAUAUAUCCCAGCGCAAAUUUCUAGAAACCUGAGUGAAUGUUUACCUAUAUUUAUUGAGCUGUUACGAAAGGGCACGAUCGAAUCUUAAAUAUUUUGUUCACUUAGAAUUUUAUUGUGGAAAUUGAAUGAAAGGCUGUGAACAGACUAUGAUUAAGUAUUGGUUAAAGUUUGACAAUGUGCAAUUGUGCCAUUCGAUAGAAGUUUAUGUGUGAAUAUAAUAAUUUUAAUACUAAAUCGUUAUAAGUCUGUCAUGCAAGCUAUUUAUGAGUAUAUCUGAGAUAUUAGGUUACUCUUUUGUACAAUAACAAUAUUAAUAUUAAUUGUUAAAUAAAAAUGACAAAUAAUA